ACUGCCCAACAACACGCCUGUGCUUGUAUCCAGGCAUCUAAGCAGUAGCAGAGUUGUGUCGCGGGGCAAUAAAUAUGAAAUAUGGCUUCUCUCUACCAGAUGUUUUGAUGCUAUGUUAUAGCAGCUUGUUUUAUUGGCCAUCAUAUUUUUAUAACGUGCUGCUUAUUCCAACUCGCAGCUGGUUUAAGGUUUGGGAGGGAUUCGGUAACUUUGUGAGGCAAUUGUGAAAACAAAUCUGUUCCAGUCAGUUUUCAAAAGUACGGAAUUAUACGGGUGUUUGGAGUCUAAUUAUUAAAAGAAUCGAGUUAUACGAAAUAAGUAACAAACAUAAAUCGAGUAAGUUAUUUGUAACGUAUUUCGAAGCACUUGAUUCAGAGUUUCAUGUCGUUGUAAGAAUCGACCAACUUUAGAUCAGGCUCAGACUUACGUCAUUCAUCCCAGUUGAAUUAUUAACAGUCAGUUUAAUCUCAGAUUAGGGUAUUUACCAAUUAGUAAUGACGUCAUCAUACUUUCUGCCGCCCCCUAUAACCCUAAGAAUGAGCGGGACUUACCCUUUCACCGCAGAACCCCCAUGUACUUACCCCAUCCAAGCACCCCAAACACGAGAUAACAUCGGCGGUUCACAGUUAUUACAAGAUUUCUCGCAUUCUUACCGAAGCAAGCCAGGAACAUUUGACUACAGGGAGCCUACGUCAUCUAGUUUCCCAAAAGUGACCACCGUUCCCCCACUCCCCCCCUCCUCUAUGACGUCAUAUUACCAUAGCAAUAUGACGUAUGCACCUUAUCCUUACAUAACAAUACCCGGAAGCCACCGUAGACGUGGCAGACAAACUUAUUCCCGUCACCAGACAUUGGAACUCGAGAAAGAGUUUCAUUACAACCGUUACCUAACCCGUCGUCGCCGCAUAGAGGUCGCCCAUACUUUGUGUCUCACCGAACGUCAGAUCAAGAUAUGGUUUCAAAACAGAAGGAUGAAAUGGAAGAAAGAAAAUAAAGAUAUCGCGGAAAGUAACAAUGAAUGGUGUCGUGAGGAACAAUAG